UAUUAAAGCCUCUCACUCAACGAUUCUGAGAGAAAAAGGUAAAAGCACUGUGAACACUGAAGAAACACCAAACCCUUCGUCAAAUUGAUUUCAGACAAAUCCGAUGAAGGGCGGAGGUAGAAGGAGGACCAUAACCUCCGAUCUCCGAUCACCACCGUCGCACUCGGUCCAUUACGAGACCAAUGAUCAAGGGAGCGAUCAGGUUCAGUACGACCAGCAGCAACAGUCGAUGAACGACGGCGACGAUGGUGGAAAUGAGUACAAUGAAGAAGAGGACGAAGAAUACGAGGAUGAAGAUCAAUCGGGAGACGUGGAUUUCACCGGAGGAGGAGCUGAUGGAGGUGAAAGCAACGGUGACAACGAGCGACCUAAGCUAGCUGAGGGUUUCUACGAGAUCGAAGCUGUGAGGAGGAAACGGAUACGGAAGGGGGAAACGCAGUAUCUCAUCAAAUGGCGUGGCUGGCCAGAGUCAUCUAAUACUUGGGAACCUGUGGAGAAUCUCAUGUCAUGUUCUGAUUUCAUUGAUGCAUUUGAAGAGAGUUGGAAAUCCAAAUCAAACCGUAAACGGAAGCGAAGACAUUCAGCGGGGCCCACACCACAAUCAAAGAAAAAACAAAAACAACCGCCACAUCAGCGUUCUCCAGACGCCACAUAUGAAGUCCCAUCUGUCAAAAUCAAAAUCAUUGAAGACCCUUCACCAAUCCCAUCUGUCAACAAUUCCAACUUUAGUAAUGAUUCUGGUUCUCCACAAAUUCAAGAACCAAAAAACAAAACCAAUUUAGACAUAUCACUUCCCGAAUUGAAACUCUCAUCUUCCACAAAUCAAGAAAACAUGUCUGAGUUUGCUAUUCACAUUCAAGAAGAUCGAGCAGAUGAAGGGGGUAAAAAUGGAAAUGGGGAAAGAAAAGUUGAUGAGAAAGAAGUUCUUAGGGUUAGUCCUAGAAUUGGAGCGAAAAGGAGGAAAUCUGGUGCUGUUAAGCGGUUUAUGCAAGAUUCAAAGUUGGUUGCUCAUAAUGAUGUUGUGGAAGAUGAGGUAAAAGACGUUUGUGCCCUUGGGGAUGGUUUGGGUGCUAAUGAGAUUGUGGGUAUUUCUGGAAAUUUGAAUGUUGUUACCAAGAUUUUGAAGCCUGUGAAUUAUUCGACUUCUAUACUUAAUGGCAUUGAGGAUGUUUCUGUGUCCUUUUUGGUCUUAAGGUCAGAUGGAGAAGAGGUUGUUGUGGAUAAUAAGUACCUCAAGGAACACAAUCCACUUCUGUUGAUCAACUACUACGAGCAACAUCUUCGAUACAACAGCCCCUCUGAAUGACUGGAUUGUGAUUGCGUCAGCAGACCUUUUUCAUUUUCUUAAUUUGAAGUUAUUUUAUUUUGUAGCCAAGGAGCUUCUAACAAAACAGAAUAGACAAAUUCUAGCCUUUCUUAGGAUAAUUUGUGCAGUAAUUAACCUGAAAAAUAUAUAUAUUGUCUCUUAGUAAUU